GAAGGCCGGAGAGCGGUGCUCCCCGCCUCACAGCCAAUGGUCGGGGCCUCCAGUGGUGCUCACAGCUCCCACGUGGGAUUGAAGCUCGGAGUCGCCACCCGGACCCACGCCAGGGCCGGGACAGGGACCGCCAUUCCUGCAGCGGCUUCUGCUCCUGCCCCGCUCAGCCUACAGAGGGCAAUGGCGGCGCCCCCGCUGAGGAGACGGGCUGAGGUUGGCGUGACCUUUGAGGACAUUGCCCUGUACUUCUCCAGGGAGGAAUGGAGCCUCCUUGAUGAGGGUCAGAGACAGCUGUACCUGAAUGUGAUGCUGGAGAACUUUGAACUUAUAUCCUCGCUGGGUUGCUGCUGUGGAGCAGAGAAUGUGGAGGCAGCAACUGAACAGAAUGUUUCUGUGAGAGUAUCACACGCAAGGAAUCCCAAGGUAGCCUUGUCUUCCCAGAAGAGCCACCCCUGUGAGAGUUGUGGACUAGUCUUGGGAAACAUUUUCCGCGUGAUGGAGCUGCAGGGAACACAACACGGACAGAUACUGUUGAGGUGUGGGGCAUGUGCAAAACGGUUUUACUUCACUGUAAAAUUUCACCAAUGGCUUGUGAGAGAGAAGACUUUCAUUAGAGGGGUGGACAGGAUCUCACUUGCAAAGAGCUGCAAUUUCACUGUGUCCCAGAAUCUUUUCACAUGUGAGGAGGUUGGGCAGGGUGUCCUUACCGAAUCAGGACAUCUCCACCCAAAGGCUACUCAGACCAGGGACCAUCCAAAUGCUAUUUCGACACGUGGGAUGACAUUUCAAAGGACAAAAUAUUAUUACACCAGAAAAGAAUGUAAGAAAGACAUUACUUGUACCCACACGUUUAUUCAGGAAAAGGAUGUCAAUGUUGGAAGUCGAUGUUUUGUGUGCUCUGAAUGUGGAAAAUAUUUUACCAAAUUUUCUAGCUUUCAUUAUCUACAGCAAGGUCACACUGAAGAAAGGCCUUAUGAGUGUAGUGAACAUGAGAAAGCUUUUAGCAGUAUUAACAGCCUAGGUGAAUAUGAAGCUUUGCACACUGAAGAAAGGCCUUAUGAGCGCAGUGAAUGUGGAAAAUCUUUUACCAAUUGCAGUGCCCUCCAUUAUGAUCAGAGUGUUCUCACAGCAGAAAGGCCUUAUGAGUGCAAUGAGUGUGGGAAAUCUUUUACUAGUAGCAGUGUCCUUCAUUGUCAUCGGAGCAUUCACACAAGAGAAAAGCCUUAUAAAUGUAGUGAAUGUGGAAAGUCUUUCUCAAGUUUCAAUGGUCUCAAAUAUCAUCACAGAGUGCACUCUGGAGAAAGGCCUUAUCACUGCAGUGAAUGUGGGAAAUCUUUUACCACUACGUCUCACCUUCACAGUCAUCAGAGGGUUCACACAGGAGAAAAGCCUUAUAAAUGCAGUGAAUGUGGGAAAUCUUUUGCCCAGAGCGGUAACCUUCUUUCUCAUCAGAGCAUUCACACUGAAGAAAAGCCUUAUAUAUGUGGUGAAUGUGGGAAAGCUUACACCUGUAGCAUUAAACUUUGUCGUCAUCAAAAAGUGCACACUGGAGAAAGGCCUUUUCACUGCAGUGAAUGUGGGAAAUCUUUUACCAGUAACAGUAAACUUUGUUGUCAUCAGAGAGUUCAUACAGGAGAAAAGCCUUAUAAAUGCAGUGAAUGUGGGAAAUCUUUUACCACCAAGGGCAACCUUCAUAUACAUCAGAGAGUUCACACUGGAGAAAAGCCUUUUAAAUGCAGUGAAUGUGGGAAGUCUUUUACCUGGAGCGAUGUCCUUCGCCGUCAUCAGAGAAUUCAUACAGGACAAAAGCCUUAUAAAUGCAGUGACUGUGGGAAAACUUUCACCGAAAACAUAGCUCUCCAAAAUCAUCAGAGAGUUCAUAGUGGAGAAAAGCCUUUUAAAUGCAGUGAAUGUGGGAAAUCUUUUACCUGGAGGACUGUCCUUCGCAAACAUCAGAGAGUUCAUACAGGAGAAAAGCCUUAUAAAUGCAGUGAAUGUGGGAAAUCUUUCACCACCAAGACCAACCUUCGUAGUCAUCAGAGAGUUCACACUGGAGAAAAGCCUUUUCAAUGCAGUGACUGUGGGAAAUCUUUUCCCUGGAGGAAUGUCCUUCUCAGUCAUCAGAAAAUUCAUACAGGAGAAAAGCCUUAUAAAUGCAGUGACUGUGGGAAAUCUUACACCAGGAUCACCAGGCUUCGCAGUCAUCAGAGAGUUCAUACAGGAGAAAGUCGUUAUGAGUGUAAUUAAUGUGAGAUAUCUCUCAGCCUAAUUUGUAAAUUCACUCUGCCCAAAAGAGUCCAAAUGUGAAAAAUUUCUCAGAUGCUUUGAAAAUGUAGUUUCUUAGUUAGGACUUAACAAUUGUAUAAGAAAAUGUGUGAAGUCUCAUUAGUCUGAUUUUUAUCUCAUACAUUGAAUCACCUACAUUAUGUAACGUCCCCGCAACUGUUUUUGCUGUUCUGUUUGCUUGUUUGUAUGUUGGAACCAUACGUAUGUAUGUUGGACUUUUUAAGAUAAAGAGCUGUCUUGCCAGGUAGAGGAACUGCCAGUCUCACGGCUCUUCCCUUGCAAAAUAAUGAAGGCUUUUCCCCUAAGACUUCUUUACUGUUGGGUGUUCUAUUUACUGUGUGUGUUAGUUUAUAUGGAGAUCUGGGCUCUUCAAGCAUGAUGAGGUAAAAAACUUACAUGGGCUCUGAAACAUUUUUGCCCUUGGGGGAAGACCAUGGUGCAGAAAUUAGCUCAGCAGUUUUUGCCAAAUUUACAUUGCUGUCCAUAUUUUCCCAGGAAACACUGUGGACUCUCUGGUCCUCAUGUGAAAAUGGAUGCAUUAAGACACAGAGAUCACUCCAAAGAGGGGAUAGUUGUGACAACCUCAAGUAUGUCUGGGAGCAGUGUGAAUUUUUUUUUUCUUAUUUUCAAGGAAUGGUAAGACAUUUGAAGGGAUUCUUUUCCCCAGGUGCUGCAGAGGGCCAUGUGCUUUAAUGCCUUCAAUUCCAUGGGUGAUGGGCACUGUUUGGAGGACCAUGGCAGUGAGGGGACCCUUUAACUGCAGAAACAUUGACCUAAUUCCUCUUGGACCAGACUGCAUCCCAUUAGAUGGAAUGGUCUUCAUCUAAACUUACACCCAGACAUUUUUUUGGGAAAAGACUAUAGGAGCCGUGUGUACACAGAUCUGAGGAACAUCUGGGUUUGUUUAUCUUCUGUGCAACAGUCAUUAUCACUGAUUAUAAUCAAGAAGUUUUGUGGCUUCAAAUAGAUUCUCAGAUGUUCCCAUCAGAGCCAUUGGUGCUCUGGCAGCAAAACUAAGAGGAAAACGAAGGGUGUCUUUAGGGAGGAGAUGUGGCUUUUGUGACACAGUCAGUAUUCCAGUGGGUUUGGGUGAAAGUUCUUCAUUGUUUUUCAUUGUUUGUUACAUUUUCUGUCACUGAGAUCAGACUCUCACCCAGAGGGCAUAAGAAAGUGGAUUGAAUAUAGAGUUGAAAAACAACAGUUCCUAAAUAAGUAACAUUUGUUUUAUCUUGAACCAUUUUUGAAAAUCUAUAAUGAGUAAAUUGCAUGUAUUAAGUAUAGUGUUUCAUAAAUCUUGACAGGUUCAUGAAACUAAAACCAUCAUUAUACUCAUAAUACUGACCAUAUCUGUGACUGUAUAGUUGCUUCAUGACCUCGUUUAAUCUGUCCCUAUUCACAACUUUCCUGGUAACCAUGGUUUUACAUUUCAUUUUAAUAGAGAACUUUGCUUUUUCUAAGUAUUUUUCUGUUUUAAUUUAUAUUUCAUAAAUUCUUGGACAUUUAUUAAAGAUAUAUUAGUAACUCAUCUUUUUUUAAAAUAUAUUCUUUUUGUUGUUGUUAAUCCUCACCCAAGGAUAUUUUUCCAUUGAUUCUUUUGGACAGUGGAAGAGAGAGGGAAAGACAGAAACAUUGAUGUGAAGGAAACAUAUCAUUGAAUUUUCUCCUGCAUCAGCCCUGACCAGUGCGCUGGCUGGAAGGAGUCUUCAACCAAGAUAUGUGUCUUUGACUUAAAUCGAACCUGGGAUCCUUUGGUCUAUAGGCCUACGCUUUAGCCAGGGCUCUGGUAGAUAUUCUUAUCUUUGAAUAUAUCACCAUCAUGUUGUCCAUUUUCAUAAAUAUUUGGUUAUUUUUAAUAAAGUUGCUACAAACAUU